AUGCCUUCUCCGCCUCCUCGGCAACAACCGACCCCCCGCGUUCACUCCCCCAGCCGGAUGAACCUCCGUCAUCGUGGCCUAACCCGCUCUGCGACCUUCGCGGAAGGUUCACCCGUCGGGCAGAGCCAACGCCGGAAUUCCACCUUGUCUGAUUCUGUGUCUGAAGCACGGAAUACGAUCCGAUCGUCUACAGAUGAUUUAUUCUUCCCACGUGUAACCAACUCCUCAGAUCAUGGACAGGAGGAUGAGUCCCAUUGGCAUUCAGCGCCCUUGGCCCUCGCUCUUUUACCCGCGGUUGCCGGAAUCUUCUUCCAAAAUGGCAGCGCGUUCGUCACAGACGUCACGCUACUGGCUUUGGCGGCUGUAUUUUUAAACUGGGAUUGGUACCGAUCUGCGCGAACUACCCGACAAAUAGACACGGUUUACGACAGCCCUGAGCUCUCAGUGGAACUAGAUCAGAAUGAUCAACGAUCAUCCCAAGGCUCUCAGGAAGACCAGACAGUCGCGGACUAUAAAAAAGAUGGGAGAACAGCCAGUAUCACGACCGCAGCCAGCAAAGAACUACAGACACAUGAACUCGCAGCUCUCGCCGCUUGCUUCAUCUUCCCGAUCAUAGGCACAGGGCUCCUGCACACCAUCCGAUCCAGCCUAUCACGUCCCUCUGAGGGGCUGGUCUCCAACUACAAUCUUACCAUUUUUCUGCUCGCGGCUGAGAUUCGACCCUUGUCGCACCUCCUAAAAAUGGUCCAGGCUCGAACCCUUCACCUACAGCGCAUUGUCGCAUCGUCCGACGAAGAUGGAGAAAAGUUCGACGUGAGCAAAAUCCGUGAUAUCUCGAAGCGUCUGGAGGAGCUAGAAGCCCACGUCGCAGAAACAGCCGCGGCUCGUCUCUCCCCAGCCGACCCGCCGCCACAGCAAGGCGAACCUGCUGCGGCCCAAGAACAGGAAUACAUCCAGUCUCUAGUUUCACAGGCCACCGCCGAUUUCCGCAAGGGCUUCCAGCAGGAUAUCGACGCCUUGAACCGUGCCGUACGACGGUACGAAAAACGCACCGCGCUCACCGCAUACCAAUCCGAUUCUCGACUCCAGGUGCUCGAAACAAAUGUCCGUGACGCCCUCUCACUAGCGGCAGCAGCUCAGCGGUCCAGGGGGUUCUUCGCCGUACUCCUUGACUGGACCUCUAUUGUCGUCUUUCUACCCGCGCAAAUCGCUUUGUCCCUUGCUACCCUUCCACUCCAGAUAGCAAGAGGGGUCCUUUCCAAGUACAAGGAAUUUUUCCUUGAAAGGGGCUCUUCACCCCCAAAACCAAAUACCCUUAAUAACAACAAUGAUAAUACCCAUAGCUAUAACAAAGGUAAAUGGCUGCAACCCCGCAAGCCUCGGUCUUCCUCCCAGAAAAGGCCCAAGCGUGCCACUAUCCCAGAGGAAUAA